GACGUUGCCAAUAACACGGACGUGUUUUGGUGUAACACACAACAUCCGCUUUGGCUCCAGGUUGCCAUGUGUAUUUCAAGCUGUAUCUCGUGCAUUCCUAUAAGUCGUCUUUGUUGUGUUUAUGCUGGAGAGGUUAAACUUCCCUGAAAACCUACUAGCGUCUGAAUCAUGAGCGGUUCCAAACCCGACAUCCUAUGGUCCCCCCACCACCCGGACCGCUACGUCAUCUGCGACUCCGAACUGGGACUGUACCGGAUCGGACCUGUGGGCAGCGCAGAAGCCAAGGCUGGCACCCUGCCACUCUCCGAGGAAACUGCUGCUACAUUACUGGCCAUCAACUCGGACACCCCUUAUAUGAAAUGUGUGGCCUGGUACCCCAAGCACGAGCCGGAGUGUUUACUUGCCGUUGGCCAAGCCAACGGCAGAGUUGUGCUUACCAGCUUGGGCCAGAGCCACAACUCUGCAUGCAAAGAGCUGGUGGGGAAAGAGUUUGUGCCCAAACACGCCCGCCAGUGCAACACUUUAGCUUGGAACCCCGUGGACAGCAACUUGUUGGCUGCUGGGUUAGACAAGCACAGGGCAGAUUUCUCUGUCCUCAUAUGGGACAUCAGCAGUAAGUUGUCCCCAGAGACCAGUGUAGCAGCUGAGAAGAUUCGCCUUUCAUCUGUUGAUUUGGACUCUAGCACAGUGGUGACCAAGCCCUUGUAUGAGUUAGGCCAGAAUGAUGCUUGCCUCUCGCUUUGCUGGCUGCUCCGUGACCCAAAGCUGUUGCUGGCAGGCAUGCACAGGAACCUGGCAAUAUUUGACCUGAGAAACACGAGUCAGAAAACGUUUGUAAACACAAAAGCCAUCCAAGGUGUGACAGUGGACCCGCACUUCCAUGACCGUGUGGCCUCUUUCUUUGAAGGGCAGGUGGCCAUUUGGGAUCUGAGGAAAUUUGAGAAGCCUGUGCUCACACUGACUGAGCAGCCCAAGCCACUCACAAAGGUAGGAUGGUGUGGAAAACUAACUAAAGGCCACAUUUCCUUGUUAUGUGCCUGUAUUAUGUUGCAUGGACUGCACACUGUUACAAUUCCUAUGCAAGUAUCACAUAUGAAACAGUGUGCGGAGGAUAUGGAGCUAAAACUUCAGGGGAACGUGCAGUCUGUGGUUUAUUCUGGGAUUAAGAACAUUGUCAAGACAACCUCAGGGACAACCGAAACCCGCAGGUGUUGGAGUGGCUCGGACCGGCAGACAGAUGUGCCGCGGUACCACAGCGAGGAGCGCUGCCUUGCCUUGCGGCUCUGUGGCUGGAUCAGCAGGGGGACUGACACAGAUGUGGAGAACUUCCUGCGAUCACUGGAACAGGAACAUGAGUGGGAGCGGGCGGCUGCUGUCGCUCUGUUCAACCUGGACAUCCGCCGGGCAAUCCAGAUCCUCAACAAGGGAGCCAUGGCAGAGAAAGGUGACCUGAACCUGAAUGUGGUUGCCAUGGCUCUGUCAGGCUACACUGACGAAAAGUCGUCCCUGUGGAGAGAGAUGUGCAGCUCUCUGAGGCUGCAGCUGAAGAACCCCUACCUCUGCAUCAUGUUUGCCUUUCUCACCAGUGAGCCUGGAGCCUACGAUGGCGUGCUGUAUGAGAGCAGCGUGGCUGUGAGAGACCGAGUGGCCUUUGCCUGUAUGUUUCUCAACGAUGCACAGCUGCCACGAUACAUCGACAGACUAACCCUUGAGAUGAAGGAGGCGGGCAACCUGGAGGGCAUUCUGCUCACCGGACUAACUAAAGAUGGCGUGGAUCUUAUGGAGAGCUAUGUGGACCGAACUGGUGACGUCCAGACUGCAAGCUUCUGCAUGCUGAAGGUACCGAGACAAAUUACACAGAAGUGCUUAUUUUUACACUCAUUCACACAAACCUGCUUAGAAUGGAGAGGGCACAUGAGAUUUGAGAAUGACAUGUUCACCGGGUCUUAUCAGCCGACCUUUGUGUUUGUUCUUUGGCAGGUGUUUGUGAGCUGCAACUUCUGUGGGAAGUCCAUCUCCUACAGCUGCUCCACAAUACCUCACCAAGGCCGCGGCUUCAGCCAAUAUGGUGUCAGCGGCUCACCCACCAAGUCAAAAGUCACAAGUUGCCCUGGCUGCAGGAAACCGCUGCCACGCUGUGCCCUCUGCCUCAUGAACAUGGGCACACCUGUUUCCAAUUGCCAAGGAACUGGGAAAUCAGAUGAAAAAGUGGACCUGACAAGGGAGAACAAACUGGCUCAGUUUAAUAACUGGUUUACCUGGUGUCACAACUGUCGACAUGGUGGCCAUGCUGGCCACAUGCUCAGCUGGUUCAGAGACCACACGGAGUGCCCAGUGUCAGCGUGUACGUGUAAAUGCAUGCAGCUGGACACUACAGGGAAUCUUGUGCCUUCAGACAGCAGCUAAACAGGAGAUGCCUGUCAGGAACUGAGGCCAAACACCAGCAGGUUCACCUCUGCAAUCGCCAGCCAACAAUGUGGCGACGGUGGCAGCGAUGUCCUUUUCUAAACGGGCUGCUUGAAUUGAAUAGAAUGAAAUGAUGUUAAGUUAUAUAGUCUAGUGAAUGUAACAUUGUAACUGAGCCCUGUAUUAAGAAGGGAGGCGGUGUGUGUGACUGAUCUGACUAAUUGAAUCAGUGACCGAAAGGGAGCGAAUGCACACUCGAUGUUCUGCUAAUGAAAAUCAAACACAUGAGGCUCUGUUGCAUUCAGCCUCUUCCAGUUUAGCCUGAAUCAGGAUUCUUGUGAUUUAUAGUGAUCUCUUACAAAAAAAAAGUUUUCCACUCACACAUCAGAAUGUAAAGAUGUAAUCACAGGUGCCAAUGUGUCUGAGCUGCAUUUGUUGGCUCUUGUUUUAAUACGCUGUACUGUAUAACGUCUGUGUUACAAAGGAUAUUCACAUACCUCAUCAAAGCAUUGUUCGGGGUGAAGGACGGUACCCCGGGUGACGGUGGGGAGUUUAGCACACAAUAACAGUCUUCUUGCUCUCUUCAUGUUCCUCUGUGCCACUCUGCAUCUGGCAUUGUGGAGGGCAGGGGCAGUGCGGGUGGGGUGGCUAGGGGUGGAUGAGGAAUUGGAGAAAGUAGGAGUGGUGAUGGGUGAGGAGGAGAGUGUGGGGAGGGUGCGUCUUUAUUCACCAGCCCACUCCAGGCCUGUGGUCUAUGAAAGAAGCGCCCCAGAAAACAGCAGCUGCUCGGCACUCUGACAAGACCCUCCAGAUUGUUCCCCUCAUAAAGAACCUCAGCUGCCGGAACACUAUUGACUCAAAGAGAGGGCGAGCGAACAGAGCCCGAGCCUUGCACACCCCCUCCUGCACCCUGUGCACACACACUUGCCCUCUCUUUCUUUCUCUCUCCCUCUGGUGUCCAAAUUGCACCCAAAAACUAUGCAUACCACACAUCAAUCCAAGGAUGGGCGCUGUCUGUGGUGGGGGGAGCGGCUGUGUGUAAACCACAUUGUAAAUGGGCUUUCUCUCUUUCUCUGCCACCCUCCCCGCACAGUCACUAACCCAAGGAGGCAUUGUAAGUGAGAGGCGGUCUGCACUAGAGCUGGCUAAAUCACUUAGUCAUGGAGUGAGGAGGAGGAGGAGGUGGUGAUGGUGAUGGGAGGGGGGCACAUGAACUACUGUAUGCUGCUUUCACCAGGAUCUUUUUCUCGGUGUGGGAGGUUUAUAAGUCUGCGUGCCCUUUUGUGAACUGUUUUGGAGUGGAGCUGACAAAUUGGCAAGUCGUGUAGCAUCCCGAAAAACAGAUUGGCUGGAAUUUCAUCCUUUCACUGUUUCUUGUGUUUUCCCUUUGAAAUAAAUUCUGACUGACAAAUUA